GGAAAAUUAAAGAGGCAUUUGGAGAAAAGAAGAACAUUUAUGAAUGUUAAGACCUAAGAUGGCAAUCCGAUAGGCCUUCUUAGCAAAGAAGAUAUACUGAAAGGUGGAAGGAAUAGAGAGGCUCUAUACGAGCAAAACAAAUUUGAAAACAAUGGUAUAGAAAGAGACGAGGAAGUAGAUUAAUAUUAUAUGGAGGAUCUAGCACUGUAGGAAGAAUUUUAUGGGGCACUGAAAGACCACAGUCAAAACGUAACCCCCAGAAUAGACAGCAUUCCCUAAGAGCUACUGAGAUGAUUUGGAGAGCCAGCAAUGACAAACCUAUUCUAGUGAAAAACCUUCAGAUUUCAAAGAAGAAUGUAAUAUUCCAGUGCCAAAGAAGACAGGGUGCGUUUCAUGAAACGACGCGACGCAGUCAUGUUUCGAUUCAUGAGGGUCAGCAACUGAUAAAAAAAAGGGGCCCCCCGGGUCCCAAGGUCGCGAUGGCGGCGUCACUGUCCCGCCGAGAUAAUUUGUCCUUUUAGGACAAUUAUCUGAGCAAGCACCCACGCCAGCAAAAGGUUGGCGCGUGUAAACUUGUCUUUUAUGAGUGACAGCCCAACACGUGCUGUUCAAUAACGUAAUGUAUAUAAAAGGCGGCAAUUAUUUAUUUAUUUUAGUCAGCAAAAUGUCUUGGGUAAAUCAGUAUUUAAGUACGGGCAACCAUGGCUCUAUACAAUACGACGGAGGUGUUUUAUAUCCGGGACCAGAGGAAGACAUUGAAAUGGCGGAAAGAAUUCCAUUAACAAAUGUUAAUCGUUCACGUAGCAGUAAUGAUAUUCGAACAGUGCAAAGAGAAGAUGCUGCUAAUCGUAUACGGUAUGGAGAAAAUCCAGCAUACGACGAUUUGGAUACGAGUGGCGAAACAGUUGAAUUUGAACGUGUGCCAGAAACAAGGCCAGAAGAAAGUAAUCUGGGAGUGCGGCGGCGCCGCCCAAAUAGACCACGAAAUCGUGGCCGAGGCCACCCGAGUGCAGAUACAGCAACCGCUAGCGAAACAGUGCCCUUGUUAUCUCAGAGUGUCACGGACGGGGCCGCAAUUAGCACAGCUGGUGUUACGACUUCAGGGCAGAUAGCGAUAGCGGCUGGCGCGACGACUGCUGCCGCCGCAGGUGCUGCUUACGGCGUUAAAAAACUAGUUGAACGUGUACAGACGAAAGGAUAUACUUUACCUGGUAGUGAUUACGUAGGACCUGGAAAUCCUAUAAAUAUAGACGCACCGCGCAGUGGAGCAGAUGCCAUUGCUAAAGAGCACGACGUUGGAUACGAUAAUUUGCUAAAGGAAGCAAGGGAACGACCAUUUACAGAAGAAGAAUUUAGACAAAGAGUUCAACGAUUGGAUGCAAAAGCUAUAAUUGAUUUUGCAAUUGACUGGAGUCAUACACGAAAUUGGCAUUCAUUUGUGGGAAAGUACGGACUGAAAUUGAAGACAGCUGUUGAACAACGUAUCGGAAAAGCUUUGUACCCGCAACAACCGAAUGCCGAAAAAACAGAAUUAUGAAAUUCCACCGUGGGAACGGUCUAAUUGGGAGUUUAUGCAUGAAGGCCAGAAACGGUAUGCCUAUGAACAAUGGCUAAUGUCUCGUGUUCGCCGUGGUUUGCCUAUAGAUCACGACCGCCCAUCAACAUCUGGUUCAGCCUCUGGAACAAGUUCUGUAGACGAACAUCACGUUGACGAAGAAGUAUCACAUAGCGAAGAAGACGAAGACGAAGAAGGACCAGAAGAACCACAACAACAUUCUGAACCACAACGUUUAGUACCAUACUCUGACAGUGACGAAGGUAUGAGUUCGCCAAUGCAGGUAGAUUCAGGUAAACGACAGGCUGCAGCAGGUCAAUCUGGUGGAUCUAAGAAAAAAAAAAACGUUAACAGGCACUGCAGCACCAUCUGCUAAUGUACUGGGUGAUUCUCCUAAUACCCGUGUUGAUCCAUUACCUGCUCCUUCUAUAUUAGAUACCGGUAACAUUACAAGAUAUCGCAAAGUUCAUAGAUUUUUCACAUACGGAUUAGCAUACAAAGUGAUUGAACAUGAAAAAGCAGUAUGUAUGAUUACUCCUUUAGCAGAAAUUCCCGUUGAUCGGCCAUUUUUGUAUAUGACGCCUUCUGAAUUCGAUUUAUUACC